AGGCAAGGCACAGGCUGAUAGCAAAGCAAUCGCCACCCAGUCUGAAAUAACUGCAAAGGCACAGCCAAAGGCUUCCUGAGUGAGGAUGGAGAAGGGAAUGAACGUUCUACAUGACUUUGGGAUCCAGUCAACACACUACCUCCAGGUGAAUUACCAGAACUCCCAGGAUUGGUUCAUCUUGGUGUCCGUGAUUGCAGAUCUCAGGAAUGCCUUUUAUGUCCUCUUCCCCAUCUGGUUCCAUCUUCGAGAAGCUGUGGGCAUCAAACUCCUCUGGGUAGCUGUGAUUGGAGACUGGCUCAACCUCGUCUUUAAGUGGGUUCUCUUUGGACAGCGCCCAUACUGGUGGGUUCUGGACACCGACUACUACAGCAAUACCUCGGUGCCGCUGAUAAAGCAGUUCCCAGUCACCUGUGAGACCGGCCCAGGGAGUCCCUCUGGCCAUGCCAUGGGUACAGCAGGUGUAUACUAUGUGAUGGUUACAUCCACCCUCUCUAUCUUUCGGGGAAAGAAAAAGCCAACCUACGGAUUUCGGUGCUUGAAUGUCAUGUUGUGGUUGGGAUUCUGGGUCGUGCAACUGAAUGUCUGCCUGUCACGGAUCUACCUUGCUGCUCAUUUUCCCCAUCAAGUUGUUGCUGGAGUCUUGUCAGGCAUUGCGGUUGCUGAGACUUUCCGCCACAUCCAGAGCAUCUACAAUGCCAGUCUCAAGAAGUACUUUCUUAUCACCUUCUUCCUGUUCAGUUUCGCCAUUGGAUUUUACCUGUUGUUAAAGUGGCUGGGGGUCGACCUGCUGUGGACUCUAGAGAAAGCCAAGCGAAGGUGUGAGCGGCCAGAGUGGGUCCACAUUGACACCACGCCCUUUGCCAGCCUCCUCAAGAAUCUGGGGACCCUCUUUGGCUUGGGUCUGGCUCUCAACUCCAGCAUGUACCGGGAGAGCUGCAAGGGCAAACUCAGCAAGUGGCUUCCAUUUCGCCUCAGCUGCAUCGUGGCCUCCCUCGUCCUCCUGCACCUCUUUGACUCUUUGAAACCCCCCUCACAAAUCGAGCUGAUCUUCUAUGUCCUGUCCUUCUGCAAGAGUGCGGCGGUGCCCCUGGCAUCUGUCAGCCUCAUCCCCUACUGCCUCGCCCGGUUGCUGGGCCAGCCCAACAAGAAGACUUUGUAAAGGGAUAUGGAGUCUUCAGAAUUGAAAGCCAAUGGCUCUGCCAAGGAUUGAGGAUGGUUAGGGCCUUCUGCCAGCCCGUCGUGAGGCCAGAGGGACUAGAGUCAGCUCAGACGGCCCCCCUUCCCCCUUUGCAAUUCUAAUUGUAUUAGGUGAUGCUUUACUGAGAAGCUAGAGAAAGCUUUUAUUUGAGAAAGCCUUAUUGGAAGGUGGGUCGUUCUGGAUUCUUCCUGCGAAGGUGUGCUUUUUUUUUCUGUCAGUACAAAGGCAAGACUUCUUGGUAGUAAUAGCAGUUUAGUUGCUAAGUCAUGUCCAACUCUUGCGACCUCAUAGACUAUAUCCCACCAGGCUCCUCUGUCCAUGGGAUUCUCCAGGCAAGAAUACUGGAGCGGGUUGUCAUAUCCUUCUCCAAGGGAUCAUCCCCACCCAGGAAUCAAACCCCGGUCUCCUGCCUUGCAGGCAGAUUCUUGACUGACUGAACUAUGAGGAUAGGGUCAGCUCAUAAUGCCAGGCUGGGAAUCACAAGUGAAUUUCCCAUUUUUUUUAAUGACAACAUGUUUAAUUUAUAAAAGUUACCUUGCAGAUACGGAAUAUGUUUGUGCUAAGAGUAAGGCACCACUAAAAAGUCAAUUCUUUCUUAAAUCUUAUAGCUAACAACUGCAUUUUCUACUCAUGCUCGUUGUUACCCAGAAAAGGAGAAAGGAGCUGUGAAUUUGGUAGGAAAAGAAGGAUUGAUUAAGGAUUUUUUAAUAUCUUGCAUACCCUGAAAAUUGUAUGUGAAACAAUAUCUUAAUGACUUUGAUUAUAUUCGAAACUUUAGGUAAGACUCUCAACAGUGGGGGACAACUUCAAGUACAAUUAAUCAGUGUUUAGUGGAGUAAUUCUGCCUGUGUUUUUCUAUUAUAUAUCCAUGGUUAUUGUAUUUACUGAGAUUUCUGAAUGGCUGUGGUGACCUGGAUAUUGUACUAGGUCAGAAACUUUGUACAAAGUCAGCUUAUCCUCCAUAACAUUUAAUCUUUCUCCUUACUAGCCCAGCUCUGUUUUCCCCAUAAUUUUCCACUGAUUUUACACCCAACCUGCUGGAUCCUCAGAUGCCUGAAGGCGACUCUGUAGUGGUGCUUUUGUAUGUUUCUGUUAAGCUCUUAAAUCUUAGGCAAAAUGGCAAGGAGAGGGCCAGAAUUCCUCUCUCCAGAAGGUCACUCCAAUGUUACUUUUGAUUCUUGGGGGGUAAAUAUGACUCCUUUCCAUAUCUGAAACCAAUCAAGAGUACAUUCUUGGAGGAAAAGCCAACUCCUCCUUUUUGCCUGUUCUCUCUUCUCAACUGAUUCGCAGACUAUGUUCUUUUUAAAAAAAAUGUUGAAGCCUAUUUAUUUGAGAGUCCUUGUUUUUUUCUACUAAUUAUAUAGCUCACCAUAUAUCAUCAUUCACACCAACCAUCCUGGUCAUAACAUCUUUGCAAAGAAAAAUAUAUAUGUGCAGUAUUUUAUUAAAACAACAUUUUACUUAAGAA